GCAUGAUGAUGAUGCCCGUCACCCACCUGCUCCAGGAGCUAUGAGGAUCAAUCCCCCGCAUUCUUUGUUGCUCCUCUUCAGAUGCAGUCGGUGCCGGACUGCUGCAGUAUCGGAAUCUUUAUCCCUGUUAUUGACCGCCCCCUUUCACCCUGAUGCCACCCCGUCAUCCAGUUUCCCCGCUCUCGUUGGAAACAAUCUCGCCUUCCCCGCCCAAUCUAGACACCGAUUCCCUUGUCGCUUCCGAUGAUGACUUAGACGACAAUGACCGUGCUGCUCGAGAUCAGCGGAUAGAAAAGCUCGCUCAGGCUUAUCUCCAUGGCACCCCGCUUUUCAUCCUUUCCGCCUCGCUUCGCGGACCCUUGGACAACAGUUGGGCCAACCCUUGGAGGAAAGACAGGCAAAGGGUCGCCGGCUCAGGACGGAAAGGAGGCGGAGAAUCAGCUCAGUUGGAGCGGCCUGUGAUCCCAGGGACUAUCCCGCGCAAACGACCCCUAUACCGUGACCCAUCAGACAUCUCUCGCACAAAGUCUGCCGUUCCUUCUUCUAAUCCACCAUACCCUUCAGCGGAACAAAAACCCCAUGAAAAUGCUGCUCGUGGGCCAUUGUUGAAACGACCGCGAGAUAGUCGCGGCGAAACGCCAAGUUUUAGCGGCACGACAAAGAGGACUAUACAAUAUAAGAAGGCAAUUGGAGCCAGCGGGCAACUGGAUACUCUGACCCCACUCCAACAUACCGAUCAAAGCUGGUUAAGGAAGGAUCGCGCAGGGAUCGAUUUUCGAAAGGUUGAUCCACCUACGUCUCCUACAGCUACAAUAUUGUCUCGGCAUCGGGACGAACGGCAUUAUACAAUACAAGUUCCAGGGACCGACUAUCGAGUAACAACGAGAACUCUACUCAGAACGCGCACGAACUCACGAGAUGACACUACUUUUGACAGCCAUGUUCCGGACAGUGUUAAAUCCCAACUCACCAGCAGGAAUCUUAGAGCCCAACCCGUUAUACGAGGGUCCGUGUCAGAUUCGGAGCACCAGCAGAACUCACUUUGUGUGGAUACUUCAACUUCUCAUCUACCAAAGUUUGAAUAUCGUCGUGGGAAACGCUCCGCUCAAACGGAAAACGAUGCUACGUCGCCGGAUAGCGAAUAUACGGAAAACGAUCAGGUUCCAGACAAGGCAAUCAGCGCUAAAGACGGCCAGACAUCGAGCCAGCACGUGCCAAUACCCCCAAGCACGACUUCGAUGCAGGCCAUUGAAGCCGAGAUGUCUAGGACCGAAUCGAACUUGCACAGUCUUCAUGUGAACGUGUCCAAAAAUUCUGAUCGCACGGAUCACCAGGCUAGCUCACAAUCGCGGAAGUUAAGAUCAACUAACAAUGCUGCAGGCGCAAAUGUCAGUGAUAGGUUACCUUCAGCCCAACAGGUUUCGGUGAAUCCUGCCAUGGCAGAGCAUGUCACCUCGCUGCACACAAUUUCUGCGCUCAAACCUAACUCAGAAUGCGAUAAUGACACAAUCCCGGAUCUACAUUUCAACACACAGGCGGCCUUGUUGCAUGCACAAAAGUCUUUCCAGAAUGAUCUGAAGAGCCAGGAGCACAAUCAAGGAGAAGCAUUCAAUCAGCCUUCGUCACCUGCCAACUACAUUACGCCAUUCCAUCGGAUGAACAUUUCUGACCGAAUUGGUAGAUAUUCCCGGGCAAAGCCUCCAGGAACUGCACGAUUGCCAAUGAGUACUCAAUGCAUCAUUGAUGCCGUGACACCUUUCACAUUCAGUACGGAGAAGGCCAGACCUCAAUUCAUAUCUCCACAGGAACCAAUGUCAAGCAGGAUGGAGCCAGGGUCUGUUGGUACUGAUACAGCCUCGUCUUCGUCCUCGGAGCAUGAUGAAGAUGGCGAUCCUACCAUUUUACCACUCGAUCCCCCUGCUCAAGAGGACAUCCCAGGCGACUCUCAGGGCAGCCCUUUGCCAAUUAUCCUAUCUGGUACCAAUCCGACUACCUUUGAAGACGGGCAAGGUCUCGCCCCUGGUGCAGACAGUUUUAAUCUUAACCAAGCCAUUGCCGACGCUGGGAGCUGGCUUCAGCAGAGCUUCGAGAUCAACAAUGAAAUCCAGCAGUGCAGGAGUGCAAAAUCUAGGCCAUCAUCCUCUGCGGGCCUUGGUCGCUCUGCAGUGCACCUGGAUACUUGAAACCAUCUGCAUGUACGACAGGCGUACUUGGCGCUCGUGCAAUCUUCUUCGUUUCCUUAUGCUCUAUUGUUCUUGGGUCUAUAUUUCGAGGCAACUUGCAUCAUAUAUGGGGCAUAGCGACAUGAUAUCCUUGUUUAUAUAUAUUAUAAAAACUUUUCAGCAUUAAUGGCAG